GAAAAUUAUCGAAAACUCGGUUUAGGCCCCCGGAAGUGCCAAAUCACUGUGUUCGGAAGGUCCAGUCAGACCUCUGGUGCCAGUAUUGACGGCAGUUUCGGGGGAGUUCGCGAUAUAGGGUGGUUUCAAAGGGGAAAUACUGUCGCGUUCGACAACGUGCUCCCUUUGGUUCAGCUUCGAGUUUCGGAAAGACCGAGAGAACUCUCCGGAGUUCAGCUCUCAUAGUUCCGCGGAAGCAUCCUGUGAUCAAAUCCCGGACGAGAACCAUUCCAUCCGGUUGUGACCAGGUCAUUUCGAACAUGAAUAGACGUCGAGUCUGGACUUAACGACAGGAAUCAAGAUGGCGGCGAACGUGCUAUUGCCCCGGCAGUCAGUUCUCGCGGGCACAACACGUUGUUGAAGCUUGUCUCGUCAAAGACAGGGUCUCAGUUGCAGCUCUCAACAGUUCCUAACAGAAGUCAUUCCUCUCCAGUACUGGCUUCGUGAUGCAGGUGUUCGUGCAGUCGAUUGACGGGCAAACCAUCCCGUGCGAGGUGGAAGAAGGCUCCUCGUUUGGAGACCUGAUGCACCAACUCGAGGAUGUUACCAAGGUACCAUUCGAACACAUGCGCCUGUCAUGGGGCAUCCACUGCUACAACGAGGAGUCCGUCUUCACUCCCCUUCUGAACGAGAAGACCCUCGUUCUCAACGCUCGGCUUCCUGGUGGUGUGAUCGAACCUUCUCUUCUGAUUCUCGCUUCGAAAUACAACUGUGAGAAGAUGAUCUGUCGUAAGUGCUACGCGAGACUUCACCCGAAAGCUCACAACUGCCGGAAGCGCAAGUGCGGUCACUGCAACAACCUCCGCCCCAAGAAGAAGCUGAAGUAAACCAAACGCUAUGCUCGCUGCUCUCCCAUCACCCGCACCGUGCCGUCUCUCCGAACGCUGUGUGAAGUGGAUGAUACGAUCGUGUGGGGGAGAACUGGGUUCAGGCCCAAGAAGUCUCCGUGGACAUGCGUUGGAUUUGUUACUCAUGAAGCGAUUCCAAUAAAGUUUCCGUGGCUUCUUGACA